AUGGCCUCCGCAGAGCCAAUCGCCGUCGCGGAUUUCAUAUACAAUUGGUGGGGAGUAGGACGACGUGCCAAUCGUAAAGGUGGCUGUCGGUCGUUCGGUUACCCGGGCGGACAUAACGUACCUGGCGCGCAUCAGUUUUCGCAUCAGGUCGGCUCGCUGGCGGCGCAUCAAGGCUCCGGGCCCGGCAGCGGGAAUCAGCAGCACGCGGACGCGGGCUUUCCCAGUCCCAGAUCGCUCGCCGGAUAUCCGUUCGCGCCCAUGCAUCAGCACAACGCCUACGGAUAUCACAUUGGAACGUACCCCCAGUGCCCCUCGCCGCCCAAGGACGGUGAGUACCCCAACUACCUCUCGCCAUUGGGUGAUAAAAGCGGAAGCCUCGUCGACGAGCUCGGCGGUGGUGGCGGCGGUUCCCUCAGGAACGGCAAGGGCAAGAAGAUGAGGAAACCGAGGACGAUUUACAGCAGCCUGCAAUUGCAGCAGCUCAACAGGCGGUUUCAGAGAACGCAGUACCUCGCGCUACCGGAAAGAGCGGAGCUCGCGGCUAGCCUCGGACUCACGCAAACGCAGGUGAAAAUCUGGUUCCAAAACAGGAGGAGUAAAUACAAGAAGAUGAUGAAAGCAGCGCAACAAAGUGGGGGUGGCGGUGGUGGUCAGCAUGGCAGUCUUUUGGCAGGUGGAACCGCUCUACCUGGAGGACCAUCCCCUCAACCCGGUCAACCCGGAAGUCUCAUGCAAGGAGGGGGCGGAAGUUCCGUGUCGGGCAGCCCGACGACGGGUUACCUCGGCGGCAUGGGCGGCGGGGGCGGCGGUCACACCCCCGGGAGCUCGAGCCCCGGAAGCGAGAUGUCGCCUCAGCACAACGAGAGCCCACCGGCACCCUCCUGGCCGGGUGAGAUGAAGCACCAUCCGCAUCCACACGCGCCGCCCCAUUCCCAUCAUCACCCGCACACGGCCGGGCAUCAUCCACCGCCACCGCCACCGCCGCCACAUCACGCGGGUUACAUGCCGCAGUACUCUUGGUAUCAGGCGGACCCCAACCCCGGACUACUCACGGUAUGGCCAGCGGUUUAACGAAGAUGUCCCUUGAACUGACAAUGAGUUUAGGUGAGCCACUUCUUCGUGGCGCUGCGAACGUAUCCCAGCGGUCCCGCCCCAAAGUGUGAAUAUGUGUAGCACCUCUCGCGAGGAAAAUUGAAUGUUAAUAUUGUUUCUAAUCGUAUAAUGAAACCCGCAUGCCGGUAUCCGUGCGGGCCGUCCGUCGAAGUGAGAGCGGUAUGAACAGUGUGACAUCGUGUGUGAUACACGUCCCUUAGCAAAAUAUUAAUAAUAAUACUAAUGAGACGAAAGAAAUGCAACCAAGAAUGCUAAUCGACGACGAUGUUCUCAAAGCUGACGAAGAGGACCGACGCCCGAGUUUUCCAGCCAAUGUGGAUUGUCGACAACGUCACGGAAAAUCGGAAGUCAUGAACGAUCUGUGCAUCGAGUGGCUCUUGACUGAUUAGUGACGUUGUUUCGGUGCGCGCCGUUUCGUUGUGCUGCGAGGAUGUUUCCUCCUCGAGCUGGAAUCGACGUAAGUUGGAGGAAGACAGGAACGACAUCGUCGUACGGUGAAGUAAAAAGUAACAUUAUAAAAAAGGAUGAUGAUAAUAAUGUAACAGCGAUUUACGAUGUGAAAUCGCCGAAAAUCUACCCGUGACCGAGUUCGUAAUGCGAGUUCUCUAAGAAUAAGCGUUGUUCAUUGAUGAUCUUGAAGUUCGAUUUACGAGUUGGAGGGUACUUGUAACGCUUCGCGUAUGAUUGAGUGAUUGCCACGACUGUAACGCUUUUCGUGUUUGACAAGUAAUCGUUGUCGCAAAAAUAAGAGUCGCGAGGAAUCUUUUUUCCUGGGAAAUAAAACGACUUCUCUAUAUGUCUGUUCGUGUCGACCGUCGUGAUUGCGUGCAUCGGAUCUAAUUUGAUUACUACGGUUAAUUAUAAGCAGAGAUUGCCUCCAAGCAAUUGUUUUUAUUGUGAAAAUGUUGUUGUCCGCCGUUUGUCAAGCGUGGAAUUGCAUACCGAAUUUAAUCGUUAUGGUUAAUCAAAUAAAUGAAUUACGGGAUAGUUUCCUACGAAAAAGUAUUGAAUCAACGUUACCAU